AUUGAACCCCGACCUAUUUGGAGUAAGGAUUCCGAACCAAAAGGCCCAACAGGAUUUAAGAUAUAUUCAAUCACUCGCACAAAAUUACUGGAGCAGUCUAACAAAAACGAUGGCCCCCAGCUCUCCCAAUUUUUCAAUGUUUUCCUUAAAAAAAGGGGAAGAGAAAAGGGAGGGGGAGCAGUGUGGUUAGCACCUAAUCAAGAACAUGCCCGAAGAAAAAGGUUGUUAUAGGGGAAGAGAGGGGCCUUGUCAGAUUGAUCACCUCGAUUCGACUUCGUCGAUUGAAUUUUAUUUCUUCCAAAGUGGUCAGAGCUUGUAGUGUUGCUCUUGUUAAUGGAAUUUCCAUGGGCGGAGGAGCAUCUUUAAUGGUUCCUAUGACGUUCUCAGUUGUCACGGAAAAAGUUGUAUGUGGUUUUUGUAAAUCCAAAGACAAGUAUUGGGUUCCACACAGUGUGGGUUCUCUUACAUGCUUUCUCAUCUUCCUGGGCAUCUGGGAGAAUAUUUAGCCUUAACAGGGGCCAGGUUUAAUCGCAAAGAACUUGUUGCAAUUGGGUUGGCAACACAUUUUGUUCCUUCAGGUUCAUAGGCAGAUGAAUAUUUCAAAACCCAUGGACUAGCUACGAAUUGGCGUUGGGUUGGGAGAUAUUCCUUUAUGUCAUGCCUCACUAUAUGAUAUGCAAAAUGCUGCAGAUUCAUCAAGUCAGAUCCUAUUGCAGCAUGGAUAUACGACUUCAAAUGUGGUUGCCUCUCUUGUGAAAUUAAUAAUUGCUCAAUCCACAACUCAUGGUGGAACCAACUCUGUGAUGUUACAGAUUGAUCGGAAUUUAGUUGAUAUGAGCCUGAAUCAGUCACCCGUUUCAUCAGUCAUCGCAAGAAGAAUAUAUUGAAGCAUUAUGAUCCUAUUAAUGAUAUAAUCUAUAUGGAAGACGACGACAUCUACAAAGACGAUGAGGAAAGUGAUUAAAAUUUAAAUUGUAUAGUGUAACUGCACACCGAGCUUGACGUGUGCAUUAUGUGUUCUAAAAAUUUAGUGUUUAAUGAAUAAAACAAGAUAAUUGGGCUUAGUCUUCAAGAUAAGAAUGAAUAGAAGUUAUUUAUUUGUGAAUCUGUUAUUUAAUAUAAAAACUCAAGUCACAUAUGGUAAAAUGAAUAAUAGGUAAAUAGUGAUCUGUAGAAUCAAUUUUAUUAAUAUUGGAUACUUAGGUAUUAAUUGCCUGGUAAUUUUUAUUGUAUAUAGUUUUUACCUCUUGAUGGAGUUGCAAUUAAUCAAGCUCUGUUUUCUCUUUACCUUGGAUGAAAGUAAUCAUGCUGCUACCUUUCAACAUAUUAGUAAGAAAAAUGCUAGGUACUCCAAAAAUUGUUCAUAAAUUUUAGUUGGUGAUAUUCGAUUUAUUCCAGUCACAUUAAUAGUAAUGGGACACCUGUAGGCACAUAUAAGCAUCCAAUUAAAAUAAGCCAUUUGUCUGCCACAUCAUUUGAGAAAAAAUUUUGAUUAAGAUUUGGGGUACUUAGCUUUACUCUUAUUUGUUAUAUCAUAUGUGACUUGAGCUUUAAUAUUAAAUAACGGGUUCGUAAAUAAAUAACUUGUAAUCAUUGCUAUCUCGAAGACUAAGCCUAAUUAUCUUGUUUUAUUUAUUAAAAAGCAAAUUUUUAGAACUCAUAAUGCACACAUCAAGCUCAGGGUGCAUUUAAACUUUACAAUAUCAAAAUUUGAGUCACUUUCCUCAUGGUCGUUGUCGAUGUCGCUGUUUUAAUAUGGAUUAUUUCAUUGGUAGAAUCAUAAUGUUGGUUGAUGAUUGGACUGCCAUUUUCAGCAGAUUCAAUAUAUUCUUUUUGCGAUGAUUCUGAUGAAACUGGUGACUGAGUCAGGGUCAUAUCAACUAAAUUCUGAUCAAUUUGUAACGUCACAGAGUUGGUUCCACCUUGAGUUGCGGAUUGAGCAGUUAUUAAUUGCACAAGACAGGCAGGCACAUUUGAAGUCGUAUAUCCACGCUGCAAUUGGAACUGACUUGAUAAAUCUCCAUCAUUUUGCAUAUCAUCUGGUGAGGCGUGACAUAAAAGGAUAUCUCGCAGUCUAACGUCAAUUCGAAGCAAGUCCACGAGUCUCGAAAUAUUCAUCUGCAUGUGAAUCCACAAAAAAUGGCGAACUAGCAAUAGAUUUCUCUCACAUACUACACCACAUAAGCGACACUGCAGUUGUUGGUGAACCCUAAUGUAGUAAAAAAACCAGGGCAGGCAAAAACCUACAUAUUGCCGAACGGACAUGGUCGAUCCGAACAAGGUUGCUCUUGUUAAUGGAAUUUCUAUGGGCGGAGGAGCAUCUUUCAUUGUUCCUAUGAUGUUCUCAGUUGUCACGGAAAAAGUUGUUUUUGGAAAUCCAAAGACAAGUAUUGGGUUCCACACAGUGUGGUCUUACAUGCUUUCUCAUCUUCCUGGGCAUCUGGGAGAAUAUUUAGCCUUAACAGGGGACAGGUUUAAUCGCAAAGAACUUGUUGCAGUUGGGUUGGAAACACAUUUCGUUCCUUCUGAGAUUCCGCCACAGACUUGGUGUGUAGCUGCGGAUGGAGCAACUAUUGAUAAGCUUCAGGGAUUUAUAGAUUUUUCUUGCGGAGGAAAGAUAGAUUGUCUUCUCAUACAGCCCGGGCAAGCCUGUUAUGAGCCAAACAAUCCAAGAGCACAUGCAUCUUGGUGUCUUGAUGCCUAUUACAGAACUUAUAAAACGUGUGAUACUCUUGGUACUAUUGUUUACAUAGACCCUUCUUAUGGAGACUGCCUUUACAUUUAGUUCCGAUAUGUGGGAGUUGUGAUGAAAAGAGCAGACUUUAAUUUGUUGUAUAAUGUUCGAAAAAAUGGAUUUCAACUCUCUUAAGAAAAAUUAUAAAAAGUAAACAUAAAUUAAUGCCCUCUCUUGUUUU